ACCAAGAGCUCGAAAGAGCCCUCGCACAAAAGUCCACUUACACUGUCACGAGGGGAGAUUUCAACGCUAAGAUCGGGCUAGGGAAAGCUGGCAAAAAGUUCAUAGGGAUAUAUGGCUGCAGUGAAAGAAAUGAAAGAGGAGAGAGGCUAAUAAUGAUGGCAGAAAUGAGAACUGUAUGUGGCAAACACCUGAUACAAAAAGAUUACAAAAAGAUGGACGUGGAUUAUGCCAAACGCGAAGAGUAAGAAUGAAAUCGAUUAUAUUUUAGUCAAUAAAAGGCACAUGCUUCAAGAUGUCUCUUUUUGGUGCAGCCCUUCAACACCAGCUGUGACCAUUGCCUGCUUAGAGCAAAGUUGAUUUUCAACCAAGUAGUGGAAAAGAGAACUUUACAGAUGGCAAACAGGAAACAGCGCCCGAAGAUAUUUGAUGAAGCAAAUGGGGGGAGGGAUGGAUAGCUCAGCGGUUUGAGCAUUGGCCUGCUAACCCCAGGGUUGUGAGCUCAAUCUUUGAGGGGGCCAUUUGGGGAUUGGUCCUGCUUUGAGCAGGGGGUUGGACUAGGUGAUCUCCCGAGAUCCCUUCCAACCCCAAUAAUCUAUGAUUCUAUGAAGAAAGUGAUUUCUGGGUUUGACUGGAGCCAGAUGGAAAAGUGUGAUGAGGACUAUAAUAUCUUUGCUGACAAGCUGAGCCGUUGCAUAAAAGCAGCUGAAAUUGAAAAGAUGAAGGCGGCAAAGGGAAGAAUCUCUAAUAAAUUAAAAGCUUGUUAGAGAAGUGGAGAAAUAUGAAAAGAAGCUCGGCUAACAACCUUGAGUACUCCAUUCUGUGCAAGCUUAUAUGGCAAAAACUGAAGGAUGACUUUUUGAGAACUUCUGGAAAGAAAAGCUCCUUUAAAACAGUUAAAUCAUGCAAGUGCCUCAGGACAUGCAAAUGGGAAUUGGUGCAGUGUAGAUUGAGCAUAACAGCAUUGAAGAACAAGGAUGGAGAGACAGUAAUUGAUAGUGCAGGGAUGGAGGAGGUCUGCAAAGACUUCUAUACAGAACUGUUCAAAUCAAGAAUCAAUGUCUCUCUCCCAACACUCCAAGAGUCAGAAGAACGCGUCCCCCCAAUAAUAGUCAGCAAAGUCCGAAGCGCACUACACCUGAUGAAGACGGGGAAAAGCUCCAGGCAAAGAUGGAAUAAUGUCAGAAAUGAUUUCCUCAGGAGGCGAAAAACUUUGGAAGGGCCUCACUUUAAGUUUCAGUCAAUAUCUCGAAGAAGAAAAAAUACUAUCAAGCUGGAAGGAGUUGAAUACCAUCUUGCUGUACAAGAAGGGGACUCAAGAAAAUCUUAAUCACCCUUUAUGCCUGCUUUCUCAUAUCUAUAAAAGCUUUACAAAGGUGAUGAUAAACCAACUCUCACAGAGUCUGGAUGAACAACAGCCAAGAGAGCAGGCAGGAUUUUGAAGAAACUUCAGCACGAUUGACCAUACGUUUACCCUUAGCUUCUAGAAAGAGCGAGGGAAUACAGACUACCACUGUGCAUUGCUUUUGUCGACUAUGAAAAGGCCUUCGAUAGUGUAGAGUGCAACGCAAUAUUAAAGGCACUCACAGAGCAGGGUAUUAAUACACAGUACAUCAGUUUGUUGAAGGAAGCAGAUACUGGAUGUACAACAGACAUUACUCUCCUUGAAACUCCUGUCCGCAUCCCAGUCAAGAAAGGUGUAAAGGAAGGAGAUACAAUUUCACCAAAACUAUUUACUGCCUGCCUGGAAAUGGUUAUGAACAAGAUCAAUUGGAGGAGUGGUGUUAAUAUAAAUGGAGACUGAUUAUCUCAUCUCAGAUUCAUGGAUGACAUCAUACUAAUUGCCAAAAACACCAGCCAACUGCAGAGCAUGCUAUGAAGACUCGACAGGAAAAGCAGUCAGGUCGGUCUGAAAAUGAACUGUAGCAAAACUAAAUACAUGCGAUCAGACGUCUUAAGAAAAGCCCAAAUAACGAUAACAGGAGAAGAAAUUGAAGAAGUGGAACAGUACAUAUAUUUGGGCCAAGAAGUUAAUAUGUGCCAAGACAUGAACGGAGAAUUCUCGUGAAAGAUUUGGGCAGGAUGGUGUGUGUUUAAUUCCAUCAAGGACGUCCUCAAAGGAAAAAUUGACAAGACCACAUGUACAAAUAUCUUCAAUUCAGCUGUGCUGCCAGCCAUGCUGUAUGGCAGUGAUACCUGGGCACUGACGAAGAGAGAAGAACAGCGGCUGUCAGUAGCUGAAAGGGCAAUGGAACGAGCUAUGUUGGGAAUUUCCCUUCUGGAUCGUAUCCCAAAUGAAAUGAUUAGAGAAUGCAAUGGUGUGAAAGAUAUUGUCAUAGAAAGCAGAUACGAUGGGUGGGCCACAUAGCACGGUUCACGGACAAUAGAGGGACCGCAAUCAUUACUGAGUAGUACUCGCGAGAACAGAAAAGACCACCUGGUCAAGAAGAUGGGAAGAAGACGUUGUUAAAUGUUUCGGACGAACAUGGAGAAGAAAGGCAAGAAUGCAAGAAGAAUGGCAGAUGUGUGUGAUCGGCACAGUCUUAACAAUAGCUGAAGACCGAUUGAUCCAGAAAAGAUCAUUUGCACCUUCUACACCACUGACAGGAAGGAGAUACCUGAGAGAGAAGGAAGCAGUAAUCACUCCUGUUGCUUCAGCAACACAAAGUGUGAGCCGGUUACAGAGCAUUGUGGCUGGGUUGAAAAAUGCACCAAGUGAACAGCUUAUAGCUAUCUUCGAGUCUUGUGUACGCAACCCUAUGGAAAGCAUCAUGAAUCGAGUUAAAGACGUAGGUGAGGCUUUCUGUCGGAGUUAUACUCAGUCAACAGAUGACCAGCCAGGAUCUCACAUAGAUUUUGCUGUUAACAGACUAAAACUGGCAGAGAUUUUGUAUUACAAAAUUUUGGAGACUAUAGUGGUACAAGAAACACGAAGAUUGCAUGGGAAGGACAUGACAGCUCUCUUGGAGCAAGAUAUUUUCCAUCGUUCCCUGAUGGCAUGUUGUUUGGAGAUUGUGCUAUUUGCAUAUAGCUCACUUCGAACUUUCCCUUGGAUUAUUGAGGUUCUUGAUCUCCGACCAUUCUAUUUUUAUAAGGUGAUUGAAAUAUUGAUUCGGUCUGAGGAAGGACUCUCCAGAGACAUGGUGAAGCACCUCAACAACAUUGAAGAACAGAUUCUGGAGAGUCUAGCCUGGACCAGUGACUCUGCCCUAUGGAAAGCUCUACAAGCCUCAGAAAACAAGGUCCCAACCUGUGAAGAAGUAAUAUACCCAAGUAAUUUUGAAGCCAGUAAUGGAGGAAGUGGACUAGGACACCUCCCUAUGAUGCCAGUAUCGCCUAUUGUGCAUCCUCGAGUGAAAGAGGUUCGCACAGAUCUUAGUGGAAGUUUACGACGUGACAUGCAGCCAUUGUCUCCGAUCUCUGUUCAUGAGCGUUACAGCUCUCCUACAGCUGGAAGUGCUAAGAGAAGGCUCUUUGGUGAUGACAGCCCAAAAGACAUGCAGGUAGAAAAGGUUCUCUCUGAAGGAACGAAAUUGAAAAUUGCCCCAGCUUCAAGUGUUGCUGCUGAAAAUGUCUCUCUCUCACCGGGACAGACAAUUUUGACCAUGGCAACAGCUACUGUAACAGGGACAAUGGGACAGAAAGUUACAAUCCCACUGCAUGGUAUUACAAACGACACUGGAGGGAUCACCUUGAUUCCCAUUUCAGUGAAUUUAUCUCAGCAGUCUAAAGUAGAGAGUCAUGGACAAGUACCUCUCACUGCUCAAGCUUUAAUUGGUGCAUCUCCAAACCAUUCCCGUAUGAAUCAAGCGCAGGAAGCACAUCCGUCAGCAGGAAGCAAACCAAAGAAAACUGGCUCCCUGGCACUGUUUUACAGAAAGGUGUAUCAUUUGGCAAGUGUGCGCUUGCGUGAUUUGUGCUUAAAACUGGAUGUUUCCAUUGAGUUGCGCAGGAAGAUAUGGACAUGUUUUGAGUUCACGUUAGUUCAUUGCACUGAUCUAAUGAAAAACAGACAUUUGGAUCAGCUCCUCCUUUGUGCCUUUUACAUUAUGGCAAAGGUGACCAAAGAGGAAAGAACUUUUCAGGACAUAAUGAAAAGUUACAGAAACCAGCCACAAGCAAACAGCAAUGUUUACAGGAGUGUUUUGUUGAAAAAUAGUCCCAAAGAGGUCACAUCAGAAAAUACAAAUUUAACCCAAGAUGUGGAGAUGACAGGUGGUGACACUCCUGGGAAGGUGUGUCUUUCACUUGUAAGAUCAACACCAGAGAACUCAAACGAAUCAGGAAAGGAGGAGAGAGGAGAUCUGAUAAAAUUUUACAAUGCAGUCUAUGUAGGAAGAGUAAAAUCAUUUGCACUCAAGUACGAUGUCACAAACCAGGAUCAUGUAAUGGAAGCGCCUCCACUUUCCCCGUUCCCCUACAUUAAACAACAGCCAGUGUCUCCUCGGCGAAUAUCCCAGCAACACUCUGUUUAUGUUUCACCACACAAGAAUGGUGCCUGCCUGACACCUCAGACUGCUCUACUAUACAAGUUUAAUGGGAGCCCUUCUAAGAGUUUGAAGGACAUCAACAAUAUGAUAAAACAAGGUGAACACAGGAGUAAGAAGCGAGCAAUUACAAUUGACAGUGACAGUGAGUCUCCAGCAAAACGACUCUGCCAGGAAAAUGAUGAUGUCUUACUAAAACGUCUUCAGGAUGUUGUCAGUGAAAGAGCUAAUCACUAACAUCUACAAGGGACUGAAGCUUCCAGUGUUCAUCACGCCUGGGAAACAAUUUUUCCAGUUUUCCAGCUGUGGUGUGUGCAGACAGUUUACUAAUUAAUGUGUAAAAUUGUACUGUCACCUGACUUCAGUAGGAAUGCAAAAAGGAAGUGUAAAGGACUGAACUAUGGGGAAUUAGAGGCUAUGAUCACAUUAACAUUAUUGCUGUCAGACGUGCUAUGAAUCUAUCUGCUGAUUAGCAUGUUGAAAUGGUUCUUUGAGCCAUGUCAGAUAUUCACCUCUAAUCUAGUUUAGCGGUUCUGCUCUGAGUAUGAGGGCCAGCUCCUAGUUUCAGUGAUUCUGUUUUUGAAAUUGAAUUGACUGGAUGUAGGAAAGCAGCAGGGGCUAUCACUAUACUCAGUGUUUGGGGAAACACCUCAAGUGCCUUUUUGUUUUUACAUGAAGAUUAUAGAAUCUUAUGCAUUACUUUUAAUGUGGACAGAUCAGGAGACAACUUGUUCGUUUUACUACAUUAAGGGUUAGAUAAACCCAUCUGUUCUUCGUUCUGCAUUCUAUAUUACGUGAAAAAAGUUACCUUUUAUCAAAGACUUGAUAAUGUGAUUUGAACAGGGUUAAUUUUGGCUUUUAUAGCUGAGUAUAACUGGUAAAAUGCUAUUCUCCACCUACUUUGAGGAUGUCAGCUAAAGUGAAUGUUGUGACAUGGAUUAAAUGUUUCUUACGGUUUGGGAGAGAAAUCAGCAAGUACAACUGCAGAAGCCUAAAUUGAAGCACACUUAUUCUAGAGACGUGCGGAGAUGUUUCUGGGAGCCUUUUCUGAAUUCAGCUUCCCCCACAGCAGUGAAUGCUGCCACUGGAGACAGAUCUGAAUCACUCCUUCCUUCUGCACAUCUUCUCUGCAGCACUAAAUAUUCAUAGAUACUGUAUCUUAACUGAAAAAGGCUAGCGUGAAUCAAUAAUGGUUAAACAGUUCUGGGCUUUGGCCAUCAGUUACUACUGUAGCAAAUAUAUGAUGAUUCAUUUAAUGAACUUAAAAUUUCUUUUCUUUAGGAUUUUUAUAUUUUUUUUCUGACAAGGGUACUCUCCUAUGUUGUGUAGUAUCUACACAGAAUGUAAGCCCAAACAGAUGAGGCAUGUUUGUACUUUUUUUUUUUUUAGCUAUUACAGACAUGUAGCUUUAGCUUUGUUCCAAUGGCAAUAUGUAAAAUUCCAGCAAACUCCUACAUUUUAAAUGUUAGAAUUUUGAAAGGAUUGUUUUAUCAAGAUGAGGAAAACUUAAUGUUUAUAUAAUACUGUUUAUAAGCAAUAGUCUAAUUUUAACAGUUGUGAUUUUUUUUAAAGCUUAGAGCCAUAAGGUAAUUCUUUGUUGUACUUUUCUGUUCAAAGUUGCUAUAAGCAUCUUAUACUUACAAACUUGAACUGUCUUUUUAAUGGACAACUCUUUUCUAGAGCUCUGACUAUUUUACUUAGCUUUUAUUAGCUUGAUGAUUGAGUGCUCCAAGAUUUGAUACAUCAUAAUUUUCAGUGGAAGGAACUGGAAAUCUGGUAGAUGAACUUGAUGAAAUUGAUUAUAAAGGAGAGCGCUUUGGUUUACACAUUCAUCUUGGUAAUCAGCAAUGAAAGGAAAGGUCACAAGUCCCCUAAGGUUUUGAUAACUAACUUUUUGAAGGUUGCCAUUGUUUUGACUGCUCUGAAAAAUGUGUUUUUUGCCUUUUGAAAGUUUUGAGAAUGAAGACUGCAGUGUUUAUAAAGUGGUGUAACAAAAGAUAUACUAAUCUUACAGUUAACUCCUUUUAAGUAUGUGAUGUUAAUGGUUGGGAGAAAAAAACAACAUAAUACCAACUUCCAGUUUUGAGUUACUGACAAGAUGCAUUUGUGCAUGGGUAAUCAUGGCCUGAGACAGCCCUGGAAAACCUAGCUUGUUGUGGAAAGAGAUCUUGAAUUAGACUUCACAUAAACGGAGCCAAUUGUGCUUGACUCACUGCAUGGGGGGUUAUAUUCCUCAAGAAAACUAGGCUAGGGUGGACUGUCGGACAGUAAAGAACACUCAGCAGUAUUGGAUGAUAGAACAAUUUAGUCACUUGGUUUUACUUUCUCAUCAUGUGUAAACCUACUUUAUUUCUUAAGAGGUAUGCCCUGCAGACUCUCUCAGUUUCUCUAAUCUUGAAUUAAAAUAAUGGUGCUGAAAUUUGUUAGUUAUGAUUAGGUUUAGUGUAUUUUGUUAAAACUAAAAGUAUUACAAUUGGAUUUUAAUUCCUUUUCAUAAUAAAUUUGACCCAGAAUAGAUGCUAAUGUUGAUAGUGCAGAGUAAAUUUUGGACUUGAACAGUUUGUCAAGCUGUUAGGUCUUAAAGUUUUGUUAUGGUUUAAAAGUGCCUUCAUUUGUAAAUAUGUAUUUUACAAUAAAAAGUUCUUUAAAACUG